AAUAACAUUAAAGUUGAGGAUCAAAAAUGAAAUUUACCCUUUUAAAUUUGAAUUGAGUUAUACGGACACAGUUGCAUGUUCUGAAAAGCCCUUAGCCCAAAACGACGUCGUUUUGGGCUAGGGGAAUCCUUUUUUUUUUUUUAAUUUGCAGUGUGUACCGGCCGAAAUUUCGGUGUACCGGCCGGUACACCGAAAUUCCGGCCGAGAAAUGGCACAAUUACCUCCCAAAGUACCCCAAAAUUGGCCCUCUUUUCCUCACCAGCAGAAUCCGAUUACAUUUCCGAACUUCAUGAACUCCAACACCUCGCCACCACCGUCCCUUGCCACCAUGAACGGCGCCUCCACCAACCAUACUACCUCAUCCUGGGUUGACGAGUUCCUUGACUUCUCUUCCCACCGGCGUGGCGCCCACCGCCGCUCUAUAAGCGACUCCAUCGCCUUUCUCGACCCGCCAUUGGCCGAAGGAUGCACCCCGCGACAGCCUCCGUUGGACUACUCCAACGGCAUACUUCCAUCAGAACCCAAUGUCGGCUUCGACCGCCUCGACGACGACCAGUUAAUGUCCAUGUUCUCCGACGACAUCUCCCCCUCUCUGCCCCCUGCAGUUUCCUCAUCUUCCGACCAAAACAGCAAUAAUGACGAGAAGACGUCGACACCACUCAAGACCGAACCGGGAGAGGUCCAGAGCUCAUGCAAGCCCGAACCACAACAAGCGACGCUACCGCACGCGUCGCCAGCCUCCAAUCCUGAUUCCAUCAUCGAUCCCAAAAGGGUUAAAAGAAUUUUAGCAAAUCGGCAAUCAGCACAGAGAUCAAGAGUAAGGAAGAUGCAAUACAUAUCAGAACUUGAACGUAGCGUGACAACAUUACAGACUGAGGUAUCAGCAUUAUCACCAAGGGUUGCGUUCUUGGAUCAUCAAAGAGUGAUUCUUACGGUAGAUAAUAGCGCUAUGAAGCAACGGAUUGCUGCAUUGGCUCAAGACAAGAUUUUCAAAGACGCUCAUCAAGAGGCGUUGCAGAAGGAAAUAGAGAGAUUAACGCAAUUAAUGCACCACCAACAAAAAGUUCAAGAAGAUGAACGGCGCCGACGUUGACAACCAAGCACCACCUCAACAGCCGCCGCUAAACGCUGGCAGCACUGUCUGUACGGACAUGGAGCGAUAGAGGAUUCGUUGGUGGUGCACUCUGCUAAUUUUGUGGCUUUCACGUGAUGUGUUUCCAUUUUGUCAGCAUUGCUCCGUGGGUGGGGCCUUGAGAAGAUUAAUUGGCUAAGAGAUGGCCACAUACACUUUUUUUGGGGAUAAGGGGGUGAGUGGUCACGACAAUAAUUUCAUUUUUUUUUAAAAUAAAAUAAAAUUACAGUGUUGUGGUGUGGGGUUUUUCAUUUUUAUUUUUUUUGGUCAAGGUCAGAUUGGUUAUUUAUUUAUUUUAUUUUAUUUUUAAAUCAGUUAUUAAUUGGUGGGGUGGGGGUGCAUAAAGAUGGUGGUGAGGA